AUGGGAACAUCAGCCCAAGCUAGGAUCGCAGAGUUGUUCAAGAACGCCCCUCUCCCAGCCCCUCCACCUGCUGAUGUCAAGACCUACGCUGAGCAAGAACUUGAAGCCCAAAUGGCCUCUCAAUCAAGCUGGAGAAUCCCCAACGAACCGCAAUAUCCCCGCACGCAUCGUGGCCCAACACCGAAACCUGCCGACAACUCCCAUGUCCUGACCAGCUCUGAUGAAGACGACGACUAUGUUAAAGCGUUCACAUCGAAGCCACAGAUGAAACCGACUAAACCACAGAACUCCAAGCAGCAAUCUCAAGGUCAUGUGAGGGUACAAAGCGGCGCAGAUGAACACCAAAAGUAUGAAGGGGUUUCCCGCCCAAGUCCACCGACAAGCGACAAGCACGGUAAGUCUGUUACGGGCCACUUCUGUUCCUUCAAUCUAGCGGCGAAAUUUCCAUACAAGUACUUGGAUGACCCCAACGGGCAGGUAUCGAGACAUUUCUUUGCGAACGGCAAGUUCUUUGAGCGGACCUGGGAUCUAUACUACCUUCACGGCCCUGAAUCGAGUUUUACUCGACCUCUCAUACUACUACCUUACGAACAAGUUCGGACGUUAGUUGAUGAAAUUGCACUGACUUUGAAAGCCGACGUGGCAGUGCCUGCGUUUCCGUUCACCCUCACGUUUUUCGAUGACGGCACUCCUCAGCCUCAGUUGCUAUGUACCUGCAGGUCUCGUGCAGACAUAAACGAGAUGCAAGAUUCGAUCCCACCCGCUGCUCCCGGCCAUGGUGAAACUCCAGUGGAUGCCUCAGAGACUCUCCAAAGCUCCUUUCUCGCAUAUAGGCUAAAGUGUGAGCGUGCUCAAGCGGGCGCCAAGCGCAAGAAUGCUUCAUCCAAGAAGAGGAAGAAAGCUGCCGGCCGUUCAGUGAUCCCACGCUGGUGCCAUUCUCUCAAACGCGCUCAACAGUAUUUUGGCCUUCGACCACCUUACGCCGAGGUUGCGAUACCUGACGAGUCCAUGACAUGGGACGAGCAGGCAUCCUUCUAUGAGCAGCAGGCUAAGAUUGCUGACACCGAUCUGGAGCCUCUCAAUAUUUCCAAACCUGCUCCAUUCCUACCAGCCAUUGAAGCGAUCCUCAUCUGCAUCGACGUCGAGUCAUACGAGCGUGAGCACCGCCUCAUUACCGAGGUCGGCAUCAGCACUCUUGAUACACUGGACCUCAUAGAUGUGGCGCCCGGACCCAAUGGAGAGAACUGGAGGAAGCAAAUUCGUUCCCGACAUCUACGCAUCAAAGAGCAUGCGCAUCUGAGGAACACUGAUUUCUGCAUUGGUGAUCCGGAAGCAUUUCAAUUCGGUGAAUCGGAGUUUGUAAGCCUCGACGAAGUCGGAGAAAAGAUUGAUAGCUGCUUCGAGUGGCCCUUUUCUGUUCAGUACAAACAUGAUGGCAAGCUCAAAAUCGAACAACAGAGGUGGGACAGUCUAGUUGAGGAGGCCAAUAUUACGUCGCUCAACGAUGAAGUCGCCUCUGGGCAUAUAUUGGGAGGUGAUCGUGACACUGGAGAGGCUGCUAUACCUGCCGGUGCUGAUGCUGUGGGAAAGCAAACAGAGCUUCCGCAGAAAGGCGUAAGAGACCGUAACAUCCUCAUUGUUGGUCACGAUUUCGGCGCCGACCAAGCGUACCUGGAACGACUCAACUCGGCUAUCUUUGCCACUGCUACUCCUACGACGUGGCGUCAUGGCGUCGACCAACCCGACACAGAGGCAGUACGAGGUAAGAAAGCUCUCGAGUCGAUCCGAGAAGGUCUCGACACGGCCACUCUCUACAAGGUACUUUUAGAGGACAAGAAUCCCAAAGGCCUGGCAAAAAUUCUGUACAACCUCGACAUUCGCAGUUUCUAUCUCCACAACGGCGGCAAUGACGCUCGGUACACACUUGAAGCACUCGUCGCCAUGACCAUCAAGGCCCGUCAGAUGGAUGAUGGGACUGUUGCAGAGAGUGCUUGA